UCUGCCGACUUGCGCGCCGCCGCCGAGAACAGGGCCAUCUCCUUCACGCCCGCGCCCCCGCCGGGGGCGGGGGCCGCCGCACGCUGGACGAGCGCGACGCGCGGGUCCUCCUCGUCGCCGCGCGCCUCGCGCACGACUCCAUCAGCCGCGCCGCGGCCGCCGCCCGCCAGGAGGCGGAGCGCCGCGUCGCGGAGGCCGCCGCGGCCCGGAAGCGGUCCCGCGAGAUGCUCGACGCCGCGUUCCGCGCGCUGGAUGUCGAAGCCAGGGAAGCCAAGAUGAGGCCCGUCCCGGCCCCCCAGCCGCCCAAGAAGAAGACCCCGAAGAGCACCGAGGCGAACAGGGACAAGGACAGGCUGCUCAAGCUCAACGCCAUGCAGCAGCCUGCGCUGGCGUUCGCCGCCGCAGCUGCCGCUGCGGCAGCGGCAACAUCGAUGCCAUUGCCCACGCCGCCACCAUCCAGGGAGGUGAAACAAGAGGCGCAAGGUUCUGCGGCGCCGAGAGAGGAUCGCCCCACGCUAUUUGGGACCUUGCAAUCGUGAGAUUGGAGGGACACUGUGAUAUGCUUCUUCCCAUUCCUCUUCUGAUCAACUGCGUCUUUGUGCAGCUAAACAAUCUGAGGAGAAACUGAAAUCUCAGGGUUAGUCAUCUUGAAGGGCGUUAGGAUCCUCAUUUCAGAUUCUUCUCACCGUAAAUUAUAUUCUUGGCUUGACAUGCUAGAUGAGUCUGAUGUAGCUGGUCUGCAUCCAGUAUUCCGAUUUGUUCGGUGAAUGAAUGUUGCGUGCUGAAACUCAACCAGGUGUUCAGUUACUAAAACUUUUGUCUUUAACACCUUCAGUUCGUCAUUGAUGGAGCUGGAUUGAGCAGACAUGAGUGCUAUGUACCAACUAGACUGAUAGUGGGGUUUUGGAAUGGUGAGCAGAUUCUUGCACUUCCAUUUCUGUCGUCGGGCUUCAUUGUAGAUGGACCGAGCGAUUGCUUAGUUGGUAGAGGGGGUUGCAAUCGCCCUGCCCAGUGCCCACCCAGAUUUAAGUGGACACCAAAAGUGCUGGCAUUAACUGAAAAUGAAAGAGAUUUAGGCGUUUGUGGAAUGCAAUUGUGUGUUUUUA